AAAGUUAUCAGUUGCUAUUGUGCCAUUGGGCAUCCGUCGUGAUUCUGGGAACUUUUCUAGAUAGAGAAACAGAAUUGGCGAUUAGUUUUAUUUCUAUUCUUCCAUGCGAAACUUCAAAACAUCAAUAGUAUCCCGUAUGUCCUUUUUCGUAUCAAAUUGACAAUGGAAUUUCCUUCGAUAGUGCGCGCAAUUUGGUUCCUUCUUGUUAUCUCUUUGGUGAAAGAAUCAACCUGCCUCAGAGGUCCAUGGAUAAAUGUUCCUACUACCGUCAAAGUUGGUGAUACAGUAACUUUCAAAUGUGAAUACGAUGUAGAAGGCAUUGCUCUAUAUUCCCUCAAGUGGUAUUUCAAUGCAGAAGAAUUCUUUAGAUAUGUUCCUAAGCAAGAACCUCCUUACAUGCAUUUCAGGGUGAAAAAUAUUAAGGUCUCAGAAUCUGGGCCAACUCAUAUUACCUUCAAUAAAGUGAACAAAGCACAGUCUGGAACAUACGAAUGUGAAGUUUCAACAGAUGCUCCCACAUUUGAAACAGGUCUUCGACGUUCUACAAUGACAGUAGUAGUACCACCAACUACUGAACCUUCAAUGAAAAUAAACCAAAACAGAAUGAAUAUUGGAGCAACUUUAUCUGCUGAAUGUUCGAGCCCAGUUUCAGAUCCUGCUGCCAACAUAACAUGGUCAAUUAACAACGAAGAGAUUUCUGAGAGCAAAGAGAAUAUAAAGAUUUUGCCAUUGGCGACCUUCAAAAAGGAUGAUCUCACAGGAAGUACCAGUAAAAUUCAAAUAGUGACUGAGAACUCUAAUUUUAUUGAAGGAGUUCUGCGCCUCAAGUGUAAGGCAAAUAUUUUUAACAUUUGGAGUAGUACAGUUGAGAUGAAAGUGGAGGCAGACAGGCCUAUCAAAAAGAUGGCAGGAUUAACAAUAGAAUCAAUGUCUUCUCAACAGAGUCAGAUGAAUAGUACAGGCUCAGAUAUCGUCUACCACAUUUCCAAGGGCAGUUCGAACACUCUCUCAUUCAGUCUACCCAAAGCAAUAACUCUACUAUGUUUCAUAUUGUGCAUCAAGUUAAACUGAGCAGUUAUGAAACGUAAAAUCAAUUAUACUUGUGCCUCUUUGUAAUAAUAUUAAACAAUUUUGUACUGACCUAUCCUCAUAUAAGUACUUCCUACCUUAAGUAGAUCUAUACUUUAACUAAUUAUAAGACAAUAAGAAAUCAACUAGACUUUCCACUAUGUGUAACAUGUUUGAAUUAUCUUGGAACUCAGAAUAAGAGGUUGAACAGCUUAAAUUAUCAUUUGUGACUGAACUUUCCUAUCCACGAUAAUGCAAACAGAGAAAUUGUAUAUAAAAAUGUUCUGAUGAAUUGAAAAAAAAAUAGAUUACACCUAAAUUAGGAAUCAACGAAACUGUUAUAAUUUUCAAAGUGUUUUUAUUGACUUGUUCCAAUGAAAUUGUUACUUAAAAUUAUAUGUAUAAAAAUAGUUCAAAUAUAAAUAAAUUUGACUGA